AUGAAAAGGUACAGAGUGUCUGGGGUGAAGCUGUGGCCACGAGGAAGACGAGUCAAUCUGGCUGUCAGUCAGCAGGUCUGCGGGGGACGGACCCACUGCUUGAGCAAACAGCAUCGUCCAUUUCCCCGUCGCAAGCAGUCAAGCUUUGAGGCCGGGACCUCUCCGACCCAUCCGACCCCACUGGCCCUGGCGGCUUUACCACUCGGGUCAGGCCACUGGUGGCAAGUGUUAGCAUGUUUUGGAGUGGCGCCAACUGGGCUAAGGAGGCGAUAA